AUGGCGACCACGUCAGAUCACGACCAAUUAAUCAGCAUGGGCUUCGACCCAGAGAAGAGCAAGAUGGCCCUAAAAGCGUCAGGUGGCUUGGCCGACGCAAUAGACUGGCUGGACAAGAACGCCGACAAGUCAAUCGAAGAUCUGAAGGCCGAGGAGACCACGGCCGCCGAAGCCAAAGCACAAGAAGCUGCCGAUCAAGCACGAAGUCUGGUCUGCAACGAAUGUGGGAAGCGAUUCCGUGGCACCGCAGAAGCCGAGUAUCACGCCUCCAAGACCGAACAUCAAGACUUCUCAGAGUCAACAGAAGAGAUCAAGCCACUUACCGAGGAAGAGAAGAAGGCAAAGUUGGCUGAGCUGAGGGAGCGAAUGGCUGCAAAGAAAGCUAUUCAGUCCGAGAAAGACAAGGAAGACGCCAAGCGGAACGAGCAGAUUUCUAGAAAGAAGACCAAAGAAUCAGAAGACAUCAAAGAGCAGCUGCGGGUCAAGGAGCAGAUCAAGGACGCCGAGAAGAAGCGGAAAGAGAAGCAGGACGACAUCGAUGCAAAAAAGAAGAUCAAGGCCCAGAUUGCUGCAGACAAGGAAGAGCGUCGAUUGAAAGCAGAGCGCGACAAGGCUGCCCGCGCAGGACAAGCUCUGCCCUCACAGCAAGAGACGACGACCGCUACACCCGCAGCUACGACGUCGAAGCCCGCCUCAGAGUACACAGAAAGCCGUAUGCGGUUUCAGACAGAAAGCGGCAAUAUCAUGAAGACCUACCCAGUCGAGACCACUUUGUUCGAGGUCGCCCAAGCCAUCGGAGAUGAGAUAGGCCGGGACGUCGAAAGCUUCACCCAGAACUUCCCAAGAAAGGUCUUCGGCAAGGACUUCUUCGAUCAGACCCUGAAGGAGCUGAAGCUGGUGCCAAGUGCGAGCUUGAUUGUCAAGUAG